AUGGCCAAUUCAGUUUGGUCCAAUCUUUAUAAAGAUACAUGGGUGGAGGUGAUGGCAACAAGAACAUCUGAUCAUAAACCUUUACUAAUGCAUAUCUUGAAGAUGAAAGGCAAGAGAGGGGAAAGGAAGAUGGGGUUUAAGUAUGAGGCUGGCUGGGCAUUAGAAAAAGAUUGUGAGAGGAUCAUAAAGAAAGUGUGGGAGAAGAAAGAAUUACAAAAGGAGGAAACUGGCAGUAACAUAGAGGAGAUAAGAAGGGUUAAAGAAAAGUUGAAUUUACUCUUGGAAAUGGAAGACCUUAAAUGGAAACAAAGGGCUAAAUGCAAUUGGUAUAAGUAUGGGGAUAAGAAUACGAAAUAUUUCCAUGAUUGUGCCAAUCAAAGAAGGAAAAAGAACCUCAUUAGUUCAGUGUAUGAUGAAAAUAAAAGAAGAAUGGAGGGUUUUUCAGAUGUGGAAGCAACUUUUAGAGGUUAUUUUGAAAGUCUGGUUCAGUCCUCAGCACCUAGUAAGGAAGACAUAGAUGAAUGUUUGGUAGGGAUGGAAGCAAAGGUUACGGCUGAAAUGAAUGACUCUUUGAUGAAAAGGUUCUCUAGAGUAGAAGUGGAAGAGGCUUUAAUGCAAAUGGCUCCUUUAAAAGCUCCUGGUCCUGAUGUGCUCAUUAACGGCUUUCAUGGCCUUAAAUUCUGGCCAAAAAGGGGGUUGAGACAAGGGGAUCCUUUGUCACCCUACCUUUUCAUUAUCUGUGCCGAAGGUCUGAGCAACAUUCUGAAUUUUUAUGAAAAACAGAAGCUUACGAGGGGAGUGCAAGUGACUAGAGGGGGCAGUAGCAUUAACCACUUGCUAUUUGCAGAUGACUGCAUCCUUUUUGGAAGAGCAAAGCUAGAAGAGUGGCAUAGGAUCCAAGAGGUGUUAAAAAAUUAUGAGAAAGCCUCGGGGCAAUUUCUUAAUAAGGAAAAGACUUCUUUAUUCUUUAGUAGCAACACAAGGGAAGGGGAUAGAAGGGUGAUAGUGGAUGCUGGAAAUUCCAUAGCCUGUGGCAGCUAUGAGAAAUACCUAGGUCUGCCCACUCUUGCUGGAAAAGAAAUUCUUAUUAAAGCAGUUCUCCAGGCAAUCCCAACCUAUACUAUGUCAGUUUUUAAACUCCCUAAACGGCUAUGUCGUGAUAUUAAUUUGUUGCUUUCAAGAUUCUGGUGGGUUAAUCAGCAGGGAGAAAGUAGUAUUUGUUGGAGGAAAUGGGAAAAGAUGGGGAAGCAGAAGAGUAAGGGGGGUUUAGGUUUCAGGGAUGUGGAAUCUUUUAACAUGGCUCUUUUAGCCAAGCAAGGUUGGAGAUUGAUAAAGAACCCUAUGUCUUUAGCAGCAAGAGUUUUUAAAGAGAAAUACUUUAGACAAUCAAAUUUUAUGGAUGCAAAGUUAAACUCUCAACCAUCUUUGAUCUGGCGAAGCAUUUGGCAGGCAAGGGAGUUAGUGAAGGAUGGUGUGAGAUGGAGAGUGGGGGAUGGCAGCAAGAUUAAAAUAUGGGGAGAGAAGUGGUUACCUUCUCCCUCAUCUUUUUCUAUACAGUCACCUAUUUCUGUUUUGCAGGCAGAGGCAAAAGUGGAAGAAUUAAUUGAUAAACAAAAGGGAGAAUGGAGAGAAGAUUUGAUUCGAACAAUGUUUUCUUUCAAUGAAGCUGAGCAGAUUUUGAGUAUCCCUUUGAGUAGAGGAUUGGUUCAAGACAAAUUGUUUUGGGGUUCAUCCAAAAUAGGUGAGUUCUCUGUGGGAAGCGCUUAUUUCCUGCAGUUAGAUAGAUUAAAAAGUCUACAAGGAGAAAGUUCAAGAGAAGGAUCCAAGGAUGAGAAAUGGAGUAUCAUUUGGAACCUCACGGUGCCUAAUUCAGUAAAAAUUUUUCUGUGGAAGGUGGGAAACAACUUAUUGCCAACAAAGGAGAAUUUGUUUAAAAGAAAGAUAGUGACUGAAAAAUCAUGCACAAUCUGUUUUGCAGAGUCUGAAACUAUUAUGCAUGCUAUUUGGGAAUGCCCAGCAGCUAAUGACAUUUGGGCAGAUAAAGAUCGUUUCCCCAAAACAGUACUGCAGAAGGCCAGUGAACCCUUAGUAGAAUAUAAGGCUGCCCAAGCUCUUCUACAACAGACAAAGCAAAGCCAAGUAAGAGGAAGGGGUGAUCUGAAAUGGGAAAAACCAGCUGCUGGUUUAGUGAAGAUAAAUUGGGAUGCUUCCUUGGAUGUGAAGGAUAGAAGAAUGGGAGUAGGAAUUAUUAUUAGGGAUGAGGAAGGGGAAGCUCUAGUGGCUGUUUGUGAUCAAAAAGAACAUGUUGACAAUCCAAUGGUGGCAGAGAGUUAUGCGUUGAGAGUGGCUCUAGAUGUGUGUGGUGAACUUAACAUUCAAAGGGCAAUAUUUGAAGGGGAUGCAAAAUCAGUCAUUACGGCAGUUCAUAGGGAAGCUGAGGAUCUCUCUUUGGUGGGAUUUAUAGUGGAAGAUAUUAAAUUUUCUUUUCAUAGGAGGCCUGAUUGGCAAUUACUUUUUGUUUUUAGAGAGAAAAACAUUAUAGCACACAUUUUAGCUGGGAAAGCUUUGAGUUUUAAAGAAAAAAUAGUUUGGAUAGAUGAGAUGCCAGAUUUUAUUGUUGAAGAUCUGGAAAGAGAUAGAAUUUGUAUUUCUUGA